GCGCCCGGGACCCUGCGGCCGUGGGCGAGGGAGGCGUGCCCUGGGAAGGAGCCGCAACUAGGACCUGAAGAGUGAGGGAGAGGGGCAAAGAGGGUGACCUGGGAGGUGGGCUCUGCGAGUGAUGUCGGGUCGACUCCUCAGGUUCAUUGCCAUAGCUCCCUGCAGCCUCUGGGAGUUCUGUUUGGUUGCCGAGAUCAGCGCUACCGAAUUGCAGGGGGACCGAUUUGGGGGCUGGGAAUUUGCCAUUCCGCUGCACAGACACUGAUUUUUUUUUUUUUUUCCUUUAAAGCAAGGUUUGUUUUCAUUUUGGUUUCAAUCGGAUUCUCUCCUCAUUUGUAACUCACUUUUCUAUUUUUACUUUUCCCAUUCCCAAUCCUUUCAUUAUCCUACCUCUUCAUCUUGCCUUAACCUUAGUUUCCUAUUAUAUAAUUUAUGUUGAUAGCGUGCUUAAAUCACGGAGGGGUUGGCGCGAGUAGAGGGGAGUUCUUAUGUAGAUGAAAGUUUCCUUACCUAAUCGGUCUCAUUCUGUUUGUAUUAUUUGAAAACAGGGUAAUUGCAACCAAACGUUCCUCUUUUAGCCACUUGAUCGAGUCUGUUCCUCCCCCAGAGGUGAUGCAAGUGGUAAUUUUAUUAAACUGAAAAGUAGUACCUGACUUGCAGUGUCAGCAUUUAGAACCUGAUGAUCGGCAGAUCGGCUUUGAAGGCUCGCAGUGUCUUCACUCUCUUGCGUUAUUUCUGGGUUCCAGCACAUACAGAAAUUUGUCCGAUACUUUCUUGAACUCAAUGCUGUGACUUUUGUUGAAUAGCUACACUGCAUAUGGGAUUGAUGUGCUCGGUACUUUGUGUCCAGAGCUCUGUAUCCCAGGCCCGGGGAACACCUACAAAUUAAUGUCUCUUGAGUACCUCCCUCUUCAGCUUCUGCUGCCACAGCCUAACUAUGGAACCUGUUUCUCCUGCUUCCUGUGCCUCAGUUUCCACAAUACAGGCGGUUUCAGUAGUGUACCCUCAGGGGCUGGCAGUAAAGUGUUGUGAAGGUGAAAAUCGCUUUGGUUUCUAGACUUCCCUUUAACAAAACAGUGACCCUCCCUGUAGGGUCUUUGAUUUGACUCUAUCAUGAAGUGAUGCCUUCUCUCAACUGGUGGAAGAAUUGCUGCAUUAUGAUGCUUUGAAACAACAAAGCAAAAUAAUCAUUUAUUCUUUCGGUGACGGUAUUAAGCUGAAGUUCACAGAUUUCUUGUUGGCUUAGAUCUCCUAGAUCUCUGUCUUCUCCUGUGGAAGUGUCUACUUUUUGGUGUAAGCUUUUCUGACCAUAUCUCUAAAUUGAGAUGCAGUAUUUUAAACGUGUUAGGUUUUUUGUUUUUGUUUUUUUUGGCAUAUCCUACUUUAUAUGGCACUGUAAGUAUCAACUUUAUAGUUUUUUCGUAUUCUUUUGUGUAACUGCCGCCUUCCCUCCUUUCCCUAAAACCGGUUGGGUGUGGUUGAGGUGGAUUUUCCAGUGUCUGGGAGUUGGUGAUAUAUUCCAUCCUGAUGUUCGAGAUUCUGAGCCCUGUUUCAUAAAGGAAAACAGUGAAUCCACCACAGCUGCACAAAGAAACAUUGAUUAAGGCUUAAUAUCUUUCAUCCCUGGGUAUAAACCACCGACUUUUGCCUUAAUUUUAGGUGAUGGGCAGAUCAGAAAGUCAGAUGGAUAUAACUGAUAUCAGCACGCCAAGGCCAAAGAAACAACGAUGGACCCCACUGGAGAUCAGUCUCUCCGUCCUUGUCCUGCUCCUUACCAUCAUCGCGGUGACGAUGAUCGCACUCUAUGCAACCUAUGAUGAUGGUAUUUGUAAGUCAUCAGACUGCAUAAAAUCAGCCGCUCGACUGAUCCAGAACAUGGAUGCUACUGCGGAGCCUUGUACAGACUUUUUUAAAUAUGCCUGUGGAGGCUGGUUGAAACGCAACGUCAUUCCUGAGACCAGCUCCCGUUACAGUAACUUUGACAUUUUAAGAGAUGAACUAGAAGUCGUUUUGAAAGAUGUUCUUCAGGAACCCAAAACUGAAGAUAUAGUAGCAGUGCAGAAAGCAAAAACAUUGUACAGAUCAUGUACAAAUGAAACUGCCAUUGAUAGUAGAGGUGGAAAACCUCUUCUCAGUCUGUUACCAGAUAUAUAUGAUUGGCCAGUAGCAACAGAAAACUGGGAGCAAACAUAUGGUAUUUCUUGGACAGCUGAGAAAUCUAUUGCACAACUGAAUUCUAAAUAUGGGAAAAAAGUCAUUCUUAAUUUUUUUGUGGGCACUGACGAUAAGAACUCUAUGAACCAUAUAAUUCAUAUUGACCAGCCUCGGCUUGGCCUCCCUUCCAGAGACUACUAUGAAUGCACUGGAGUAUAUGAAGAGGCUUGUACAGCAUAUGUGGAUUUUAUGAUCUCUGUGGCCAGACUGAUUCGUAAGGAGAGAGGACUGCCCAUCGAUGAAAGCCAGCUUUCUUUGGAAAUGAAGAUAGUCAUGGCACUGGAAAAAGAAAUUGCCAACGCUACGACUAAGCCUGAAGAUCGAAAUGACCCCAUGCUUCUUUAUAACAAAAUGACGUUAGCCCAGAUCCAGAAUAACUUUUCACUGGAGAUCGAUGGGAAGCCAUUCAGCUGGUCAAAUUUCACAAAUGAAAUCAUGUCAACUGUGAACAUUAAUAUUCCAAAUGAGGAAGAUGUCAUCGUUUAUGCUCCAGAAUAUUUAACCAAACUUAAGCUCAUUCUUACCAAAUAUUCUGCCAGAGAUCUUCAAAAUUUAAUGUCCUGGCGGUUCAUAAUGGAUCUUGUAAGCAGCCUCAGCCGAACCUACAAGGAGUCCAGAAAUGCUUUCCGCAAGGCGCUUUAUGGCACAACAUCAGAAACAGCAACGUGGAGACGUUGUGCAAACUAUGUCAAUGGGAAUAUGGAAAAUGCUGUGGGAAGGCUGUACGUGGAAGCAGCAUUUGCUGGAGAGAGUAAACAUGUGGUUGAGGAUUUGAUUACACAGAUCCGUGAGGUUUUUAUUCAGACUUUAGAUGACCUCACUUGGAUGGAUGCUGAAACGAAAAAGAAAGCUGAAGAAAAGGCCUUAGCCAUUAAAGAAAGAAUUGGGUAUCCUGAUGACAUUAUUUCAAAUGAUAAUAAACUGAAUAAUGAAUACCUCGAGUUGAACUACAAGGAAGAUGAAUACUUUGAGAACAUAAUUCAGAACUUGCAGUUCAGCCAAAAUAAACAGCUGAAGAAGCUCCGAGAAAAGGUGGACAAGGAUGAGUGGAUAAGCGGAGCAGCUGUAGUCAAUGCAUUUUAUUCUUCAGGCAGAAAUCAGAUAGUCUUCCCAGCUGGCAUUCUGCAGCCCCCUUUCUUCAGUGCCCAGCAGUCUAACUCAUUGAACUACGGGGGUAUCGGCAUGGUCAUAGGACAUGAAAUCACCCACGGCUUUGAUGACAAUGGCAGAAAUUUUAACAAGGAUGGAGACCUUGCUGACUGGUGGACUCAACAGUCGGCAAAUAAUUUUAAAGACCAGUCCCAAUGCAUGGUAUACCAGUAUGGAAACUUCUCCUGGGACCUAGCAGGUGGACAGCAUCUCAAUGGGAUUAAUACACUGGGAGAAAAUAUUGCUGAUAAUGGAGGUAUUGGCCAAGCAUACAGAGCCUAUCAAAAUUAUGUUAAAAAGAACGGUGAAGAAAAAUUACUUCCUGGACUUGACCUGAAUCACAGACAACUAUUCUUCUUGAACUUUGCCCAGGUGUGGUGUGGCACCUACAGGCCAGAGUAUGCUGUCAACUCCAUUAAAACAGACGUUCACAGUCCAGGGAAUUUCAGGAUUAUUGGGACUUUGCAGAACUCCCCUGAGUUUUCAGAGGCCUUUCACUGCCGCAAGAAUUCAUACAUGAAUCCAGAAAAGAAAUGCCGAGUUUGGUGAUUUUCAGAAAAAGCGCUGUGGCCCUUGGCUAGACUCGCCAACACCACAGAAAUGGGGAACUCUGUUCACAGAGGUCACUGUAAUUAUAUGGGGGCAGUCCGCAGAGAUGACAGAACAUCAUAUUAGAAAUGAAGUUAGGUUCUUCUGGAAAAGGUGUGGAGAGAGGAGGGGGCUCUGGUGUCUAUCAAAUCAAUCACUUCUCACUGUGUAAAUAAUGCUUGAUCUCUAAAGAUAUUAUCAUUCGUUUCUGUUUCUCAUAUGAUCUGCCAGUUUGAUGUCGUCUCUUGAAAACUGUGUUAACCACUUGAUGUAGACUGGGAUUUCUAAUCAAAGGGAGAUUAAAGAGAUUGAAGCAUACAGUUGGCUCCAGAAACACAAUAGUGGCAUGAGGGUUAAAAACACACUGCCUAACUCCUUAUUUUUACUUUUACUUGCAACAUUUUAGCACCUCCAAAACUCUUCCAAAGAAUUCUUAUACAUAUUGGGGCCUUGGGACUUAAUGUAAUUUUAAACCGAUUUUGCCAAUCAUCAGUUAUUCACUCUGAGAUCAUUUUAUUUUAAGGUACUCUUAGGGCUAAAAUGAAUGUCUGAAACUGUUUCUCAUUGUACCUGCUUUCACGGAUACUGAAAUUCUUAAGGUUCCCUGCAAUUUUCUAAGCAAUUUCUUGUUCUCUCUCUCUCUCUCAAAACUUGAUCUUUUUAAGAGAUUUGUAGUAAUGUAAAAAUAAUAAUUUUUAUAUUUAAUUAUUAACUACAUUUAUGACUGAGUAAUUAUUAUUAUAGAUAAUCAUUGAGUAUUGACGUUUCAGGCAAAGAUAAGUAGUUACGGACCAAGAUCUGUAAAGCGAUGUACAGAUGAAGAUUUGAGACUUUUUAAACUUAUCAAUCAUAUUGAUAAAAAGCUUUAAGCACAAACUCUGGGUUAAAAAUUGCCAUUGGACAGUCGGAUUUCAAAAUAAGCCCUGUCCCUGAGGUGGCUAUGGUAAAAGGACAAACUGCGUCUAUGUAGCUAUGUGUCUCCUUAUCUUUUCAGGUUUGUCAUCUGACGGAAAUUUUUUGUAAUAAAUUGGAAUUGUGAGCCCAUUCCUCACUAAGCCUCUUGUGCCGGCUGUCUAGCUUUGGAAAGUGCAUUUCUGAACAUAAAUGAGAGGCUUCCCCACGUCCGACAGACCUGCUUCUGAAAUCCGAACUCGCAUAGGGUUCUGGGAGGGGACUGCAGUCCCUGGUAGGAACUCAUCUCUUGAGGCUUUUAUCUUCUUCUCUUUCCCUGUCCUUUUGGCUAGUUUGGUUAAUAUCGUUACUUGAUUAAUAUUUUACAAAAGAGGUCGUUUCCUUAUUUUUCCUAACAAAAUCAAAAUGAGGGCAUUUUUUUUUCCUAACAAAAAUGAAAACAAGGGAAUUUCUAUUCAAAAUAUGAGUGUUGGUUUUCUUGCUUCUUGAAAAAUGCCCAUUUACCUUUUUUUAAAAAAGUUAUGAAAAUAUCUACACAAAAGUUUCAUUAAACAUAAGUGCACAGCUCAGUGAACUUUCUCCAACUAAACACAGCCCUCUAACCAGCACCUUUAAGAAACAAGAAUUGCUAGUGCCUUAGAAGCUCUACCCUUCUUCUAACCACCACUUCCCUCCUCCAAGAAGACUACAGUCCUGACUGCUAAUAUCACACGUUAGGUUCAAUCAGUUUGCACAUAUUCUUUUGUGUCUGGCUUCUUUCACUCAGUGUUACAUUUUGAGAUUCGUCUAUAUUGUUGCAUUCGAUUGUGGAUCUUUCAUUGUCAUUGCUCAGUAAUAUCCUAUUGUGUGAUUAUAGUACGAUUCAUCCGUUCCAUUGUUGAUAGGCACAUGAGAAACUUCCAGUUUGGGGUGGUUACAAAUGGUGCAAUUAUGAGCAUACAUACUUGCAUAUUACCAUCUUUUUUAACUUGAGAUUUUAAUGAGCUCACUUCCACAAAUUUUUCGUCACGUUAUUAUAAAUAUUGAAAAUAUAGUUUUAAACUAGCCAUGGAUAUCUUUUAUCUUUUUCUUCUUAUAUCACUGCCACCAUUAUUAUGGAUAAUUCAGAGUACACGGAUGGAUAUACUUCCUUAAAUAAACUGAAAACACUUAUCGGUCAUAUUGGUGGUUGGAGCAUUAGAAGCGUCCAGUUCUGAAGAGAAAAUCUAUCUUUGAAUCAUUUAAUUUCUAUCCUGUCAGAGCAGCUGAAGAGCAACUAGUACAGAUUACAAAAAGACACUAGAUUCCCCACUCUUUAAAAUGUCAGACUCCCAUCCUUAUGGACUUGAGUGAAAUGUUCUGGGGGAGGGGAGAAACCUUUCUAAUGCCUGGAUCUCCUGUGUCUAAAAAUAUCAGAUUUCCUGGGACUAAGGGGUACACCCAGGUGAGAAGACCAAUACCUACCCUCCCUCACACGUGAGGAUAUUACUAACUGUAUAUGGCAUCAUUGUUGAGUUGUCUGGGUCUCUCUCAACCACUCCCAAUCUUUUGGAGUUGUUCCAUCCGGUAAGGCCUAUCUGUCGUCUCACACAUAAAUCCAAUUUCACUAUGGCUGAAUCCUGGUCAAGGAAAGAGUUUAGAAGCUGAGACACUAAGGGUUGGGAGCCAAUAUAACUCAGGGAUGAGGAGAGAAAGUUCUCAUUGGUAAGGAAUCCAUGUGGGCAUGAGGUGGAAAGGAUGCUAUCCUGGGAGAAGAGUCUUCUAUUCUAGUCCUGUUCUGCCAUUAAUGACAAGGUGACCUUGGGCAUUUGAUCCAUUCUCUUGGGCCUUUGCUUUUCCCACCUGAAAUAAAAGAAAAUUAGAUUGUAUCAGUAGUUCUCACCAAGAGAAGGGGUAUGUGUCCAGUACUUCUUUGCUUGUAUUCUUUCCCCCAGUGGAGAACCAUUGCAUAAGAUAAUUUCAGAACUCUCAUGUAAAUGCCUGAGUCCAGUUAGACCACAUUGUAGUUCAAAGACAAGGACUAAAGUUUGAUCUCGUUAGGGUCCAUGCUGCUCUUAUGAGUUUUCUCUAAAGCCUUUAUUAUUCCUGUUGUCACAGAGGUUAUUCUCAAAGUAGAAGAUAACUGUUAGUUUGGAAAUGAGACUUACCAUAUCAAAAAUGGAAAAUCAGAGUUUUAUCAGUUCCAGUCUCAAAAAUGGAAAAUAAAAACAAACAUUUUUCAUAGUAUUGCUUUUAUGCCUAUUCCAGUCUCCCCUAUGUCUUGAAAAGUGUUUUCACCAAGUGGAGCUUUCGUCCCUGCAAUCUUACACUUCCUGCGGGCUUCAAAUUGGGUCUUUAAAAAAUGAACGAUAGAAACUAUUUCACCAAUGUUUUCUUGCUUAUACCACCCUCUUCUUCCAAAGAUACCAUGGUUUUCUGAUCUGAUUUCUUUGCAAAAGUUCAGUGCAGAGGUUGCCAAGUGUUACGGAGAGUCACAGGCACAAGCAGAUGAUGGCUUAGGCAGAGAUGAAAGUUGUCUUUGUGCACCAGCCCUGGGCUGAAGGAUUUGACUCGAUUAAUCAGGUGAGGAGAGGAGCCACCUGUGACUUUUGUCAAAGUGGUACAUGUAUAUUGCAUUCUAAUCUCUUCUCUAAUGAUAUUGUCUUAAUUUUAACUCCUUUGUAUUUUGUAUUUCCUCUAAAACAGUGAGAAAUACUACUGUUACUUUCUACUUUGUAGCCAAACUUCUGUGCUUCUAUUUUGUUUUUCGACAAAACAAAUCCUCUAGGUUGUGCAAGAGAAGCCUGGCAGAAAAAUGAACAUAGACUCUUGCCAGAAAUAAUGAUGGGCUCUCAGCUUGAACAGUGCGGGAAGACCGGAAGUCUAGCAAUUGUGACUAAAAGUUUUAUAUUUCUGAAUUUCCUUUCCACCCAGAAACUAACGAUAAUCUUUUCAGGUAUCAGGCAUGUUAACAUCUGAUUCUACUCCUAUAAAUGCACUUGGCGUCAUCUUUGAUCUGAUCAUAUCAAAUUAUAAUGCAUCCGAAAAGUUCACUCUAUAUGCAGGAAGACAAAAAUGGGGUCAAGUAUAGUAUCUGGAUUAUCUUUUUACUUUGGUGUAAAUCUUUCAACACACAUGCUGUCAAUGCUCUAUGUCUCCUGAAAUAUGGCAUCAAAGAUGCCAAGAUGUUCAUUGCAGCUCCACCUUUAAUAUCAAAGCAAUAGGAAGGAAAAAACGAAAUAGGAGAAAAUGUUUAGAUUUGUUCAAAGGACAUAUGAAGAGGAUGCAAUGUUAGAUAUGCAUUAUGAUUUCAAUUAUAUUAAAAUAUUGCUGCAUAAGAAAGAGGUGGAAGAAUAUAUGCCAGAAAUUAAUAGGGAAUAUCUCUGAGUGGUAGUAUUAGAGGUGAUUCUUAUUUCCUUUUUUCCUCUACAUUUUAAAUAUUUUUAUAAGGUGAAAACAUUAUACCUUAAAAGUCAUCUAAAAAAAUGUUACUUGGAAGAAAGGAGGAAAUAAGGGAGAGAAGAUGGAAGGGAGAGGAGUGAGGGGGAAUUGAUCCCCAAAAAGAAACUGAAUUCCUUUGAAUUUAAGAUGUGUUCAUUUAUUUAAGAAGCUAUUCAGUUUGGUAAGCUCAGGCAACUUAGACCCAAGGGAUCCAAUGAAGUAGAUUUUGGUCAGGAACCCCCUUCCCACAACAGGCCAGAUCUGUUUCCCAAGGUGGCGUUGACACACACUGCUUGACACAGAGCAGGGGACUUUUCAGACCUUCCACUGACUGUGCUCAAAGUGGCUCACUGAGAACAAACCAUGUGUUUCAGAGCUCUUUUGCCCUUUAUUCCCCCUGAAAAUGCUAACCUUGCCAUUCUCUCCCACCAGGUCUCCCCCUCCCCCAUACAACACGCUAGCGUUUACCAAAUCCUGGCCAAGGUUAAGGUUACAGCCCAUGACUGAAACAAUAGCCAGUAAAUUAUACAGUGAUUGGACCUCAGUGCUCUACCUGAUAGGCACCAUGAUUUACCUGGGGGUCAGAUACUAAAAUUUAGAGGUUGAACAGGGAGGAGACAACAGGAUACAGUGAAUCCCAGGUAACUCCCUGCUUACAUGUGUUUUGUUUUGACUUUGGUCAUAAAUGAAGAUCACACUCAUGCCAGUUUAGCCAAAACUAGAGAUUUUGUUGAUCCAAAAUGCCAAACGUGGGGCAUGUCUGAGUAAUCAGGCCUUCUUUCCCUGUGCCUACCUUAUUGUUGCAGACUGCCUUUCUCCAAAAGAAAGCCAUGAUGGUCUGUCGUGUCCAGGCUCAAAGAUUCUCUGCUUCCUUCACAGGGGAAGGACAGGAUCUAACUACAGUCCCCAUUUAAUAUCCCAGAGAAAAACCCAGUGAAAAUCCUAGAGAAAAAGCCCAUUUUGGAAACAUGUCUACCUCAGUGGAGAGGGCAUGGGGAAGUGGUGAGUUUGUAGAAAUUAUGACCACUGAUCCCCUUACCCUAUCCUCAGAGAAGGGUAGCUUCCCAAAAGAAAAGAAAUCACCAUUCCUAAGAGAGAAAGCAAAAGAAACAGAUGUCUGAAACACUGGUAACACUAGAUGCCUCUUAAAUUCUUUACAAGACAUCUCAGUUUGGAUUACAUUGUGCAUUUUAAAUUUUGAAUAAGUGUCAACUUUAAUUUUGUGUAAUCAAAAUGAAGACAUGCAUUUUAGUUAGAUUUAAUAUUUAAGCAGACUGAAAGUCAAUAAAAGGGUAGAAAAGAAGAGAAAUAAUACUUAUUAUAUAUUGUGAGCAAGGUACUAAUAUAGCUUGUUUGUAUAGAGUUUCCACUUAAUGUAACUAACCUGUGAGGUAAUGUUGGUACCCUGUUUUACAGAUGGUAAAUUUGAAUUUCACAGAGGUUAACGAUUUUGCCCAGAUUCACACAGGUAGUAAAUGAUUAGGCCAGGGACCAAACCAGGGUAUGUUGAAGUCCAAAAUCUACAUAAAUUUACUAUCAAAGCUCUCUAUAUCACUAUAAAAUGCAUUCCAGCCCAUCAAAAUAAACUCAUUUGUAGCUAAUAAUUCCCAUACACAUCCUUUAAGAAAAAUUAAUGAAAAUAAUGUAAUUUCCAAGUACUUCUAUGGCUUUACAGAAGCCAUUGUGAUUUUUAAAAAACCAUGAAGUAUUUUGAAGUUAAAUCAGUAGAUACUCCAAGAACAUCUGCUGUGUUCAAGGUACCAUAUUAGAAACAAAAAUAAAAAUAACCAGAAAAGAAGAACAAGACAAAGUAAUAGGCACAUUGUCACACAUAAAAAGGCCUAUUAGAUUAUUUUUACUGGGCCCACUAGAAGAUAAGGCCUAUUAGAUUAUUUUUUACUGGCCCACUAGAAGAUAAAAAUAAAUGAAGACAGCUGGCCUUUUAAUAUAGUAGAGACAUCAAAAAUAUACACAGAUAAAUGCAGCUGAAUGUGUGAUGUGCCAAGAGAUAUAAGAAAACAAACGUUGAGAAUUCAGAAAAAUUUUCUUUCCUAGCAUGCCAGGCAUUCUGGAAGAAGUAACACUUACGUUGCACUUGAUAAUAUGGGUGGAAUUUUGACAAUUGGAGAAGGAGGCAAGGAAAUACAUUGGCUAAGUGUAUUUCAUAUAGAAAAUUAGCCAACGAAAGAGUAACAAGUCCACAUUAACACUAGCAAAGACAGACACUGCUAAGGGGAAUAUGUGCUGCGGGACUGUUGACACAGCUAUCCAUCGUUCACCGUUGGCUUUUUGACAUGUGUGUAAGCAUUUCUUGAAAGAAAAGCUUCCCUUAUUUAUUCGGAUAUCUUAUGCUAUUUUCAAAGGUUAUUCAUCAUCACUCCACUUUGAAAGAAGUCAUGUGCAUUUCUUGUAUUUGCUAGAAGCUGGGAGAUGAGGAUAUUAUUCCCAUUCCUGGAAACUUGGAAUUCUAUUCUUAUCCCAGUCCUGUUGCUAAAUCACUACAUUUAGCAAAUAACUAUUUCUCUGCAUUUCCAUUGUCUAAGAGUUAAAAUCAGAGUUAAGAUCAAAGCCUUUUCAAAACCAGAAGGCAGGCAGAUGGAAUAUUUUGCAAACCAAACUCCUUGGAGAUGUUGAAAGAUACCGCCGUGCAGAGGAACUAGGGCACAGUGUUAUGGAAAAAUCUGAAUCCAGAGAGAGCCAGAUAGACCCAGGGACACACAAGGUCAAAGCAAAGACCAGCCAAAUGGCUACACGGCAAGCAUUUGGCUCCUCUACGCCUCAAUUUCCUCCUCUUCAAAAUGGUCAUAAUCACGUGCACCUCUCUGGGAAGGAUACUAUACCGGUCGCCAGCAAAUGCAGCAUUGAAACUUAAUACCUUGAUGGUUACCUGUGACUUCUUGACACUAAUGAAUUCUGUGGGUCUUUAAAAACAUGAGGGCUUUGGGGUGCCUGGGUGGCACGGCG